CAUCCGGUCGCGGCCUCCGCAGCGGUCUUCCUCAUCCUGAAGGAGUCCGUCAGCGAGUAGCCGGACCGUCAGCGAAUUAAACAUCAUUUUAGCUCUCGGGGACCGAAUUAAAGUAUAUUUGCGCACUCCGAAUUUGAAGUAAACACUAUCGGCGUGUUCAGACCGUGAAUGGAUCAUGGAGUGUGUUCCUGCUGUUCUAGAUGAGUUGGAUGGUAAAAAGGAGGUGCACAUAGAGGAUCCUGAGUAUAAUGUGUACACCCGCUUCAUGAAGUCCCACCGCUGCUAUGACCUGGUGCCCACCAGCUCAAAGUUGGUGGUUUUCGACACUUCUCUACAGGUGAAGAAGGCGUUCUUUGCUCUAGUGUCUAAUGGGGUGAGAGCAGCGCCUCUCUGGGACAGCAAGAAGCAAUGCUUUGUUGGUAUGCUGACCAUCACAGAUUUCAUCAAUAUACUUCAUCGCUAUUACAAGUCUCCUCUGGUGCAGAUAUAUGAGUUAGAAGAGCACAAAAUAGAAACAUGGAGAGAGGUCUACUUACAAGAUUCCUUCAAACCUCUCGUCAGCAUAUCGCCCAAUGCCAGCUUAUAUGAUGCAGUUUCAUCUCUACUGAAGCAUAAGAUCCACAGAUUACCCGUCAUUGAUCCUCUAACAGGAAACACACUCUACAUCCUGACACACAAGAGGAUCCUCAAAUUCCUGAAACUCUUUAUAUCUGAGAUGCCCAAGCCUGGGUUUCUGUCUCAAACUCUGGAGGAGUUGAACAUCGGAACGUUUCACAACAUCGCAGUGGUUCACUCGGAUACGCCGCUCUACGCCGCGCUCGGCAUCUUCGUGGAUCAGAGAGUUUCUGCCCUUCCUGUGGUGGAUGAAAAUGGGCAUGUGGUUGACAUCUACUCCAAGUUUGAUGUUAUAAAUCUGGCAGCUGAGAAGACAUACAAUAACCUGGACAUCACUGUGACUAAAGCCCUCCAGCAUCGCUCGCAGUAUUUUGAGGGUGUGCUCACCUGCCGAGCCAAUGAGACGCUAGAGGCCAUUAUCAACCGACUGGUGGAGGCCGAGCUGAUCGUGUCGGUCGCUAGCAGUGCCAUCUUGCACCAAAUCACCGCGCGAGUUUUCCAGCUUAACCCGCCUGUUAUCGCCUCUGAACUGGAGUUUGUGUAUUCCACCUACUUAGUUAACCGAGGUAGUCUGCUAGACUGA